UGGAGCCUCAUCUGCAGGCGUGCCGUGAGCCCGCGCUCUCGCCCUCUGCGUGCCGGGCAGUGUGGACGGCGGCGAGACCUGGAGCGGUCAGCAGUGAGCCCGAGCGCUGCACGUGGAGCCCGCACAGCUCCGGCCUCUGCUUUCACCAGCGGUGUGGCCUCGAACCCUGCCUGUGGUCUCCCGCUCCAUGCCCACCUUGGCAGCUCUUGUAUUCUAGCCAUGGCUGGGAGGGCCACAGCCUGACUCCUACCAUGAUGGAACCGAAAUCCCCCAAGAAGUCUCCCCACACUAAGAAAUGGAUCAAGACUCAGAAGAGCUUCGCCAACAAGUACCCAUUCAGAGUCUCCUGGCCGACGGAGCCCACCUCCGAGUCCCUGCAACCCUGGGAGGUCAGGAACAAGCCACUGGAGGAACAGCUCCCCCUACAGAAGAAUCUGGUGCCAAGGAGGUCCAUCCCAUCCCCAGGGCUCAGGGCUUCAGAUUUCGCUUCACCAUCCAGCUAUCGCCCACCACCCCGACCGUCACGCCCUCAGCAUAACUUCUGGGAACUCAAGUUGCUGAGCAUCCGCUUCCCCCACUUGAUGCCCUCAGAAGCUGCCUGCUUCACAGGCCAGUAUAGAGUGCUUCUGCACCAGUGAGGUGGCAAGGACUCUCUCCUGGAAUGCUGCUGCCCCUCCACACAUCUUGGAACAAGGAACUCCACUCUGCUACCGCACACUUUGCCAUCUUUUUAAAAAGCCAAACCUGACUCAGUGGUCACAGUGGUAAUAGGUGGGUGGGGGCCCUCUAGGCAGCAAGAUCAUUUUCAGUCUUGGCAGGCUGAUGGGAUUUUCUGAUUGGUCCUCGCGGUUUGGAUUUAAUUUGCAUAACCAAUCAGGGUCCGCCUAUGUCUAUACAAAAUCCCACACUCAGCUCCUCAAAACAGACUCCUCUGAACUCAGAAGAGAGAAUAUUCUUUAAGAACGAAAACCAUUUCCUUACUGCUGGGAGAAGUGGGCCUGCCUUGGGGAAAGCCUCGUCCUGGAUCCCUGGCUAAGAGUUUCCUGUGCCUACCUUGAAGGUAGACAACACCCACUAGUCCAGUCCUGAAGCAGACCUUCUGUCGGUUGGUCUCCCGUAGCCUAGCAAGGGCCUUUAGCUGUGUCACUCCACCAGACCCCUCUUGAUGGCAUCCUGAGGCCCGUCAGCUGCAGCUGUAAC